AUGCAAGGCCUGGCUUCGAUAUUCAUCGCCAUCUCGCUCCUUCUUUCACCUCUCACCGGAGACCACAACAGCAACAACAACAACCAUGUCGCCAGGCAAGAUCAGACCAACAACAGCUACGGCACAGGUCCGGCGGUGACUUCGAUCGACGGAGGGGCCAAGGACGCGAUGACCAUCCGCGACACCGACAACUCCGACUGCCCCUACAAGUACCCGAACAUCAACAGCAAGGACUACUGCGAGUGCGUCGUCGGCCGCUCCGACAACUUCAUCUGCAACUACGACUGCUCGUGCUCGUUCGGUGGCGUUCUCUGCGUCUCCUCCAGCUGCACGUUGAGCACGGGCGCUAUUCUUGUCAUCGUGGCCGUCGUCGUCGUGGGCGUGGGCGCAUGCAGCGCCUGCGUGGGCCUCUGCGUGCGCGCUGCCCGCCGCCGACGAACCUACGCUGUGGUGGGCGGCGGUCACGCCACCGUGCACCAUCAUCACCAGCCCGCUGUGCCGCAGUACGCGCAGCAGCCCCAGCCGCAGAGCUACAUGUACCAGCAGUACCCGCCCCAGCAGCAGGCCUCCAAGGUGUGA